GGUAGUAAUAGGCGAAGCACGAACAAAAAUUGAUAAUAUUUUUGUUUAAAUUUUGCUAGAACGCCAGAAAAAAAGAAUUCUCAUCGAAUAAACAGUUCGUCGGAUGCGAAAUCUAGUCAAUAUUCGCAAAAAAUCGACAAAAUUUCCAUGAAAAAGUGCAAAAGUGAAUAAACUCUAUUAGUUACGACUUCUAAACAUUGCAAAACUCGCUGGCUGCCAGAUAAACAAACAGUCUAUAGAUAAAAGAUUGACUCGUUAUGUUCAAACUCAAUUAAAAAAUAAUUAUAAUCGACAAUCAGAUAAGAAACCAGCUGCGCUGAUAAACUGAUAAAACGUGGAAAUUACUGUAAUUUAAACUAGAAGCAGAAAAAAUAAAGAAAUUAGAAUGGAUGACGAGAGAAAAUCGUUCGUGGACUACAAAAUGCAAGUCACCGGAGUGCCACAAUACGGUGUCAAGCUCAAGUUCAAUCACGUUUUUCCGGAAAAGCGGAACCAGAAUUUGAGACCGCGCUUUUCGCAACUCGUCUCGAUGACGGGCAUGAUGUUGCGGUACCUUCCAUACUACUGGAAAUGGUCGCGCGAUGGCAGACAACCGCUCAUGGACUACCUUUACAUGGAAAACGGGCGACAAAUUUAUGGCGUGCCUCUUGGCGGAAUUGGCUGUGGCACCAUAGGACGAGGAUUUGCGGGGGAAUUUUGUCGAUUUCAGAUGAAACCGGGCUUGUACGAGUACAAUACGGUGCACGCGAAUCAAUUUAUCGUGACAAUCAAGGACGAAAAUGACACGACAAUUUUCCAGAGCUUACUUUCCGGUUACAGAAGAAACAAUGGCAAAAAUUCCUUGUUUUGCAGUCGCCCCAAACAACCACUUGCCGCAUGGGAGUCAAAUUUGGAUCCAGAUAAAUGCCAGUACACCGCUCUUUACCCACGUUCAUGGACAGAGAUCGAUCUCUCGGAGCAUGGCAUCAAAUUAGUAGGACGUCAAAUUUCGCCAAUCAUUCCGCACGAAUACAAAGACAGUUCGUUGCCAUGUGCCGUCUUCGUAUGGAGCAUCGAGAACGUUUGCGACAAAGUUCGAAAAGUUUCCAUCACGUUCGCCUUCAAAAAUGGCACGGGGACCAAAAAACAAGACUCCGAAGGAAAUCCUGAGUCAAUUCCCUUCAAUCAAGACACCGCAAAGGGCGUCAGUAUCAAACAAACGAUCGCUGGCAUGGGCUGUACUUACUGCUUAAGUUGCCGCGAGAGUCCCGAAGUGACGGUUACAAAGUGCAAUCAAUUCGAUCCGAACGGAAAUGGCGAAAAAUUAUGGAAUGAGUUGAAAACAAAUGGAGCUUUUGCUGAAAAAGUCGCUGAUAACACGAUAAAAUCGAAAGAUUUAGGCGUUGCUGUGUGCGGACAAGUAACUCUCGCUCCCGAAUCUCAACACGAUCUCGAGUUUUCGCUCGUUUGGGACAUGCCAGUUGUGAAUUUCUUCAACAAGACCAAAGAAUACUCCAAAUACUACACAAAAUAUUUCGGAAAAUCAGGCGAUGCGGGACCUCUUAUCUCGGAAUACGCUCUCACGCAUUACGGAACAUGGGAAAAUCUCAUUGACGAAUGGCAACGUCCCAUUUUAGAAGAUCCCGCUCUCCCGGAUUGGUAUAAAAGUGCAAUUUUCAACGAGAUGUAUUUCAUUUCUGACGGCGGAAGUGUUUGGUUCACCUGUGAUUCGAGUUUCGGACAAGAACUCGCGUACGACGACCCGCGACGAGCUUACGGGCGAUUUGCGUAUCUCGAGGGACAUGAAUAUCGCAUGUACAACACUUACGAUGUGCAUUUUUAUGCAAGUCAUGCUUUGGCGGGUCUUUGGCCAAAUUUGCAAGUCGCUUUGCAAUACGAUUAUAAGGAUUCCGUGUCGGCUGAGAUCAAUGACGAACGAAAACAUUUAUUUGAUGGCAAAAUAGCACCAAGAAAGAUAAAAAAUACCGUGCCCCAUGACUUGGGAGAUCCGAAUGAGGAACCGUUUGACUUGAUUAACUCGUAUCCGGUGCACGACGUGAGCGCCUGGCGUGAUUUGAACAUCAAAUUCGUGUUGCAAGUGUAUCGGGACUUUUAUGUCUUGAAUAAUUUGGCACAAAUGAACGCUGAGAAGGCAAGUCGUUUCAGCUCCAUUGAAUUUAUCGACAAGGAAAGCCAGUUUGAGUUGUAUAUUCAGGACAAUCGGAACAAAGAUGCCGAUAAUAAGAAGGAAAAUCGAAAAUCAGCGUCGAUGUACAUCAAUGAGACCAAUGGAAAAGUUUAUUUGAUGGAUGCGAUGGCUUAUCUCAAGGCGAUGUACCCGGUUUGCAAGGCUGUUAUGGAAACAGCUAUCGAAUGGGACACCGAUGGCGAUGGUUUGAUCGAAAAUAAUAAAACGGCGGAUCAAACUUAUGACACGUGGGUCAUGGAUGGACCAAGCUCAUACUGUGGAGGGCUUUGGCUCGCAUCGUUACAUUGUAUGUCCGUUAUGGCAAGUAAUUUGGAUCAAAAUGAGGAUUCUGCGAAAUAUAAAGAGAUAUUAGACAAAGGUCGUGCUUCGUUCGAAGAAAAAUUAUGGACUGGCAAGUAUUACAAGUUCGAUUCGUCAAGCGGGAGCAAAAAUACGAUCAUGUCAGAUCAGCUUUGUGGGCAUUGGUAUCUUCGGAGUUGCGGAUUUGACUAUGACGUUUUUCCGAAAGAAAACGUUCGUUCAGCGCUAAAGACGAUCUACGACAACAACGUGAUGAGUUUCUGCAACGGCGAAUUAGGAGCCGUUAAUGGAUUUCUACCGAACGGAGACAAACCCGGCAAAGUUGAUACAAUUUCCAUGCAAAGUGAGGAAGUUUGGACCGGAGUUGUUUACGGUUUGGCAGCGACAAUGAUCCACGAAGGCAUGUUCGAGGAAGCUUUUCAAACGGCGGGCGGCAUGUACAAAUCGUUGUCGGAAAAAAUGGGCAUGAACUUUGAAACGCCCGAAGCGAUUUACGCCACAGAUCAUUAUCGAGCGAUUGGUUACAUGAGACCUCUUAGCAUUUGGUCGAUGCAGGCUGCGUGGGAGCGCAGAAAGCAAAUCAGGGAUUAAAUUCGUAAUUUUUAAUUUUUUUUAGCUUUAACACUCACAAAAAAGCGAUCAACGUCGAAUUUGCAUUUAAAAUCACUUUCCCACAACAAAAAAGUACAACUUUUUCUAACUUUUCGCUUAACAUGGUGCUCUAUACUGCUCAGAUGCUUACUCAGUAACGGAAUGUCUGCAAGACAAAAAGGUGCAAUUUUGAAAGAUAUUUGAUAUCUGAUAUUGAAUUCGUCGGAUAAGGCAAUAUAUUUAUUGGAAUGUUA